AUGCCCGCAACUCGAAGAUCAGCCGGCGGUGCACGCAGUCGCGGCCCUCCUGCCAAGGGCCAGUCCACCCUCACCAGCUUCUCGAGCAGAGUGACAAAGAAUGUGGCAAAGAGUGCCAAGAAGUCCAUCAUCUCGCCUUCCAUCACAAAGAUCGACCCCACUCAGGCCCCAAAACAGACCAAGGUCGAGGAGGCUGUUGUCGAAGAGCCUGAGCCUAUAGAGGUGGACGAAGAGGAGGAACAGCCAGAGGUUGUGCCAGAGCCAGAAAAGUCCGAGGCCGAGCUGCGCGCGGAGCAGAUUACGGAUGCGCAAAUCAAGAAGUAUUGGAAGACGAUCGAAGAGCAGUGGACCUCUCCCCGGUUGCAUCAACAGGGUGUAUCGCUAAGCGAAAGGGUCCUCCGAUAUUUUGAUGUUAGCUCGCAAUACGGACCCUGUAUCGGCACUCCUCGUAUGAAGCGAUGGAAGCGAGCUGAGCGCCUUGGUCUGAACCCCCCAAUUGAGGUCCUUGCCGUCCUCCUAAAGGAAGAGACCAAGGGUAACAAGGUUCAAAGGGCACAUAUGGAUGAAAUUCUCAACUCCACUGCGGUGGGGAGCUGA